AUCGAGUGCGUCGUAUGUGGUGACAAGAGUUCUGGAAAGCACUACGGGCAAUUUACGUGCGAGGGGUGUAAAUCGUUCUUCAAACGUAGCGUGCGCAGGAAUCUAAGCUACACCUGCCGAGGGAACAGGAACUGCCCCAUCGACCAACAUCACCGAAAUCAGUGUCAAGACUGCCGGCUGAAGAAGUGUCUCAAGAUGGGCAUGCGAAGAGAAGCCGUUCAACGCGGCAGAGUUCCUCCUUCAUCGCACGGAUCUAGCGGCGGCGGCGGAGGACCCGUGGUGGCGAAUGGAUCGCCCCCCCAACACCUACCCCUGAACGGAGCCUCGUACAUUUCCAGCUUUGUCUCGUUGCUGCUGCGCGCAGAUAGUCUAUCCCCCUCGAGAUUUGUGCAGUGUAUGGCAGGAGGCCAGAAUAACCCCAUAAUGGGUAUCGAAGGCAUGUGCGAGCUGGCCUCCCGCCUGCUUUACUCGGCCAUUGAUUGGGCCCGCAACAUACCUUUCUUCGCCGAUCUCCAACUGACGGACCAGGUCGCGCUGCUCCGUCAGGCUUGGAGUGAAUUAUUUGUGCUCAACGCCAGCCAAUGUUCAAUGCCACUGCACGUCGCGACCCUCCUAGCGGCAUCGGGUCUGCACGCUGCACCAAUGGCGGCCGAUCGCGUCGUCGCUUUCAUGGAUCACAUCAGGAUAUUUCAGGAGCAGGUCGAGAAGCUCAAGGCGUUGCAUAUCGACGGUCCUGAGUACUCGUGCCUGAAAGCCAUCGUUCUUUUCACGACAGAUGCUUGCGGAUUAUCCGAUGUCACGCAGGUGGAAAGUCUCCAGGAGAAAACCCAGUCUUCGCUUGAGGAAUAUUGUCGAGCGCAGUACCCUCAACAACCUUCGCGAUUCGGCAAACUACUUCUUCGACUGCCAUCGCUUCGCACCGUGAGCUCCCAGACGAUAGAGCACCUGUUCUUUGUACGUCUUGUUGGAAAAACAUCGAUCGAGACUUUGAUAAGGGACAUGCUAUUGGGGAACUCCUUCAACUGGCCCUACAUGCAGAUUCAGUGA